AACCACGACGGCCAUCACAGGUUCACACGUUUACACCCAAUGUCUGAAAUCUCUCGUCUAUCAGGAAUUUUAGACGAACUCUAGGAAGCGUGAAGAAAUAUAGAUUCUAUUAGUCACUUGCAGGUGGGGCCAGACUUACUAAUUUCUUAUCCCCUCUCUGCCUCUGCGGCUGCGGGCAAGGCUUGCUAUCGGCUACCCCCUGCUUAUCCCCUCCCAAACUCGUCUCCUCGGCAUCGGUCGAACACUAUGGCGGCGGCGGCGGCGGUGACCCUCCUCCGACUUCCUCUCGCCUGUCUUUCCUCCCACCUCCGUUCCGUCCCUUCCCCUCGUCUCCCGCUCCCGCGCCUCCGCAUCUCCACCUCCCACCGCCUCCUCUCCUCCCUGGUCCACGGCCCCGCCGCCGCGGAGGCCGUGGUCGAGGCGGUAGCCGCGCUGGACGCAGAGGAGUUUGUCGAUGCAAUGGAAGAGAGUCACGAGGAGACUACGGCUGAUGCGGCGGCGGAGGCGCCCCGGUCGUUCGUUCUCCCGCGGCUGCCGCGGCCGAAGCUGAGCGUGAAGGAACGGAAGGAGCUGGCCUCGUACGCGCACGGCCUCGGCAAAAAGCUCAAGUCGCAGCAGGUCGGCAAGGCCGGCGUCACGCCCUCCCUUGUUUCCGCCUUCACCGACAACCUCGAGUCCAACGAGCUCCUUAAGCUAAAGAUUCAUGGGAACUGCCCCGCGGAGCUACCUGACGUGAUACUCCAACUUGAGGAGUCAACAGGAUCCAUCGCUGUUGAUCAAAUCGGCCGCUCAGUUAUUCUAUAUAGGCCUAGCACCAGCAAGAUGAAAAAGGAGCAAGAAAUUGCUAAAAAUACCAGAAGAUUUGUGAAAUCUGAAGAGGCAUUGGAAGAACAUCCUAGAUACAGCUCAAGCAAAAGAUUUAUUAAACCUGGAUCAACAUUUAGGGCUCAACAGAAGAGAAGACCAAUGACAUCCAAGGGAUCGUCAUACAGCCGAGGAUAGCAGCAACAUAAAUUCAUAAUACACAUGUUUUUCUUGUUGUGUGGAUAAAUCAUGUAAAUUUUUGACAAACUAAUUGGAUAAUGGAUGUUAGACUUUUCUUUUUGCUUGCAA